AUGUCUUCUGUCCAGACGAAGACGCAGCCCAGACAGCCGUGGGCGGCGGCGAUCGCUGCGAAGCCGCCACCCCGCACGGCCAGACCGCCGCCAAAGACACAGGCCGCCGCGUACGUCCCCGUCAACAACUUCAACGGCGAGCAACUGCAGACCGCCCUGGCCGCCAAGUUCAAGCAGAUAGAGGCGCAGGUGGGCCCCGGCGGCGUCUACCGCGGGUCGCCCGCAUGGACGACGAAAAACAAGAAGCGCAGGGGCCUCGACUGGUGUUUGAGCAGAGCUUCCCGUUUCCGGCACACGAUCGCCAGCCUGUCCCGAUUGUCUGGUCCAGGGGCCUGCGCCGGUCAAGGCUCGUUUCACCCGGGUUACCCUUUUGGCGUAUCGGUGCAAGGCCCAGAGGCCCUGCUGGUGCAGAAUAUUAAUCUAUGCCCUUCAGAAUUGGCACCGAAUUUACGAGCCGUGCAUUUAUAUUGCGGUCGGUGUUUCAGAAGGUCCACGGAUUCGGAAACACGCGCCACACUAAGCACCGUCCCAAGCGAGCACGCGCCCCAUUCGAAACACGCGCUGCUCAAACACGGACGCCCCAUUGCUUGCUUCAGACAAAAUGUUCUGUGGCUGCCCCAUACAGGAAGCGUCCUACGUAGAUCUGUGCCAAAAUCCCCUGCACGCCAUUGUGCUUUUCUGUGA